AUGGGAGAUACGUGUUGCAACCCUGAUAGCAUGGGUAAGAUUCAGGAAACCAUCAAUGAUGUUUUACCUGGAAUUUACACAUAUUCAAUAAUGAUCGGCAAGGAUGAAAGUGAAGACAAAAAAUCUAGCUUUUUUGGAAACAUAAACGAAGAGGUUAAUAGUGUUUGUGAGAAAUUGAAAGCUGACGAGAAUCUUAAAUACGGUUUCAAUGCCAUUGGAUUUUCUCAAGGUGGUCAAUUCCUUCGCGCAUAUGUCCAACGUUGCAAUGAUCCACCAGUGUAUAACUUGAUAACUUUUGGGUCACCACAUAACGGUGUAUCUGAUAUUCCGGGCUGUGAAAAAAAUGACGGAUGGUGUAGAUUAAUGCGAUCAAUAGCUAGUCAAGGCGCUUAUUCAGGAUAUGUACGGGAUCAUGUAAUCCAAGCACAAUACUUUAAGGAUCCGUUGAGGCUUGAACUUUAUCUCAAGAAAAAUAUCUAUUUACCGGAUAUUAAUAAUGAACUUGAAGUUAAGAAUGAAACUUAUAAAAAGAAUCUGGUGACUCUUAAUAAACUUGUGCUGAUUAGAUUCACUGAAGAUACAACCCUCAAGCCAAGAGAUACUGCUGUAAAAGGAAAUGUUGUACCUGUCCGUGAACAAAAGUUGUACAAAGAAGAUUGGAUCGGAUUAAAAACAUUGGACGAGGCUGAAAAAAUAGUAUUUAAGGAUUGUGAAGGUAGUCAUAUGACCAUUGAGUUGAAUUAUUUUCGGGAAGAGGUCGUCGUUCCUUAUUUAAAUAAUUCUCUUAAUUAUCGGCAGAAACCUUUAUUUGUCAUUCAAACAUAA